AUGCGCCCCGUAUACCACGCCAACUCCCUGUAUCAACGAGAAGCAGCCAUGCUGACUGGUUUAGCGGAUUCCAUCUGGGAGAACUUGUGCUCAACGUAUUCGAACACGUUUGCAUACUACACGAAACAUACACUCCCAGCCUCGUUACAAGUACCGUUUACGCGAUGGAUGAGCGCAUAUGGCGACCAACAAGGGCUUAUGGACACAAUCAAGGACUCUUCAAGGGACUGCCUGUAUCCUGCUACCGAUAAAUGCUCCGACCUGUGGUUCAUGUACAAUGGCCGGAAGAAGACCAGGACAUACACUGCCGGUUGUAGUCGAGGAAUAAUAACACAGGAUCCACCUUGCCACGACUCAGGUGGUCCCACAAUUAAAAACGGAACAAUCACCUUUUCCUACAACAAUGUGUGUGGCGCAAACCGAGUCUCGCAGUUACUCAUCACUACAGACAUAGAUCGAGCGAGCUUGACGACAACCAAGGCUGGUACCAAGGCCGUAGUUACUACGUCCGCCCCUGUGACGGCGCAACAAACCCCGACCGUGUCCAGUGCAAGUUUGACCACCACGAGGGCAACAGCCACUCACACAUCAUCUUCAGUGUCUCAACUCCCACCAACCACACCAAGCACGACACAUCCGAUCACGACAAGCACAAUUAAGACUACAAGUCCCGUGAGCACAACCAGCACAAGCACAAUUAAGACUACAAGUCCCGUGAGCACAACCAGCACAAGCACAAUCAGGACUGGAAGCACCAACACAAUCAUCACAGGAACGAGCUCGAAGGCGGCCUCGAGUUCAUUUCAAAGCUACAAAUCUUCGACCACAUCUGCUGUUCUCGCCUCAAACAGUGCCAGCAAACCAGACAGCCUUGUCUCGAAGUCCGACACUAAGUCGCUACCCUUGUCAACUUCGGCAGCCUAUGUGUCCUCUGCUGCGACCAGUAGCAGUCGCACGUACAUUGCUUCAUCGUCGUUAGACCUUGACGAGGAGACCACCCGGUCCUCUUCGCGACCCACAGCCACCAGCAAUGUGCAGCCGUUUGCAAGACCUACGGAUGCUCUAAGUAAUACCUAUGAAUCUGACUUUAAAACCAGGACAAUAGUCAAUUUAUCUUCGACAAGCACUUCUUCUCUAACAACCAAGUCAUCCUCGAUAACGAGUCCCUUAUCGAACGCAACUUCGUCGUCCAAGGUCAUCGUCUCCUCAACAAGUAAAUUUUCCUCGGUAAGCACUAUUGUCGCUGUCGGGACUACGACGAAGUCUUCCGCCCCCGCGACAGCAACGAAUACGUUGACCAAGGGGAAUUCGACGAUGGCCUUCUCACUUAGCAAGAACGAAGUCAUAGUCGAAAGACCUUUCACCUGGUCGACUUACUUCGCUGCCAUGUUCUUGCCGGCCCUGGUUGCCGUUGUCAUCAAAGUGACGUGGGAGGUCAUUGCCACUUCACUUAAGCUAAUCGAGCCAUUCGAACGUCUAGCAAAAGGCAAUGGAGCCACCGCCAGCUAUUCAAUUCUGACAGAGUACUUGGAAGGCAUGAUCUCAUCCGACAUCCUGCAAGCGCUGGGCCACGGUCGCACAAUUCCCAUUAUUUCUGCGCUCAUCUACAUCAUGGUUGGAGUUGCACCACUCAUUGCUUCCGUCUCGAUGAGUGUGAAGCCUCGGAAGAUGUGCCUCGAUGACGAAAACCAAUAUCGACCAUGUGAUCCUGCAUGGGUCAUCAACAUACCCUUGAUUAGAUUGCUAGAAGGCUUUGUCUUGGCGUGCAUAGCCCUAGUGCUUUGUCUAAUGUGGUUGACGCGGAGGUCACGCAUUCCUCUUGCUACAAACCCAAGCUCGAUUGCUUCACUGGCUACCUUACUAAACUACCAGACUCUACUGCAGGAGCUGCAAAGCAUUGACCCGGACGCAGACGGCAGAUUGUUCAGCGCUGCUUGGAAGAAAAAGCUAUUCCGCAUAGUUGAACAUUAUGAUCAGAAAACUGAUCGAACACGGUUUGGGUUCGUGACGUAUCGGACUAAGCAUGCGGUACAAAAUGAAGACCGCAGUAGCUGGCUUUCGUUCUCGACAUCCAGCAAGACGUCGCGAAUUAGCUACACGUCCAUUGAUGACAAUCCUGACGAUGCUGGUCGGGUCAAGCCGUCAAGCAGUUUCCAGUUUCGACGAUACUCCUAUGCCUGGACACUCACCUCAUUGCACCUGCUCACAACGACCGCUCUUCUGACGAUCAUUUUGACCUACUGGCUCGACCAAAACCUUGACGAUGCUUUCAACAGGUUCUUCAAUGCCGAUAGUGUACCAGCGAUUGUUCCGAAAACUCUGCUUGUCGGUUUAGCAGUACUGGUUGAUAUGCAGAUGAAACACCUCGAUCGAGUCGUUCGUAUCACCGAUCCCUUCCGUCGACUUGCAUCACGAAAUGCCCGAGCGGAAACCACGAUUUUACUUCCGUUGAAUGGCACUUGUUGGAGCAACCUCCCCAGAAAUCUUUACCUGCUCUUCCGAUACGAGUUCGCCGAAGGCCGGAUGUGGUGGGUAACAGUAGUCAGUCUUGUCGCGUGUCUCAGUGACCUCAACAUCAUUGCUGUGGCUGGACUACUUUGGAAUCUGGCACAAACGAGUCUGACGUACCAUCUAUGCGGCUAUCUAUCCAUGGCAUGUACUUCGGCAAUCCUUGCCGUCGUCCUGGUAACAAUGGCAUGGUGGCUCAAAGUGUCAGUCAUUCGACGUAUGCCACGCCAACCAGAUACUAUUGGCAGCAUGCUCAGCUAUCUGUGCGGAUCAGAAAUGGUCAGAGAUUGGAAUAGUGAUAGCACGUCAGCGACGCCAAUGGAGUACCUGAGUCGUAAGGAAAGAGACACGUUGGUCAAGAGUAGUGAGAGGAGAUUCUGCUUCGGAAGAAUGCUUGGUGUCGACGAUAGGGAAAGAUGGUGCAUUGACUACGAAAGAGACCAAGGACACGUUAUGAUUGAGAACGAUAUCGAGCCUGGGAACAGUGCGACUGCUUCAAGCAUGCGUGGAAAAUGGCAGCCAGCACCAACGCAUACGAUACCGAGAAAGCCCCUAGCACGUGAACUAGGGUCGGAAUCAGCAUUGAUGGGAAGUGAUCAGAGUUCGGAUGGCUGGAGUCGUUUUCCCUCGUUGAGGGCGUCUAGGUCUCAUGAGCGACAGCAGUUGAAUGAGUAUGACUAG